GUGCCUGUGCGUGUGUGUGUGCGCGCUGUAUGCCUGUGUGUUGAGACGUGUGCAUCCCCCAAAAGGCCCCCCACGCCUGGGACCUCUUCAUUCCUUCACACCCCCAACCUCCGUUUCCAUUUUCUCUGUCCACAGUUCUGUUCCAAGCGCCUGCUGCCCUCAUUUGCUCCUGUGCCUUCCCCGCCUCCUCCCCCUACCUCCGCCUCUGGGCCUGGCUCGCCCUGUCCCGUAGUCUCCAGCCCUUUCCAUCUGUCUGGCCUGAGACUUUACAUGGUGGGGCCUUGCUGCCUCGUCCCCUGCCCUAGCCUUUGCUCUAGCCUUUGCUCGACUCCUGAGCUCUCUUCCCCCCCUCUGCAGCCUUUCCUCCCUGCUAGCUGGCUGGCUGGCUCUUGAUGCUGUCUCUCUCUUCCUCCCACGCAUUCUCCUCUCCCUCUCCCUGAUCCCCAGCUCAGGCCGCUGCGGCCUGAUCAGUCCUAUCCCUCAUCAGUCCUCUGCCUCCGUCAGCCAGCUCCCCUUUCCCAUGUUCCCUCUUGCCUUUUCGUCUUCACGUUCUCUCUCUCUUCCUCCUCCCCUCUCAUCCUCUUGGGUUCUCGCCUCUGCCGUAUCUUCUUUCUGUCCCUGUCUGUUCCCUCCAUCAUCCGUCACCACCUGUUUCCUUUUCUCCUCUGGGCUCACAGGGUCUUCCCCUCUCCAGCCCCUGGAGGCCUGGUUUCUGGGACCUUCCAUUCUCCAGUCCCUUUUCCAUCUUUCCCUCCCUCCAUCUCCUCUUCUGGGGACACAGGAUGGGGAGGAAUGGAGCGCACCAGGCAAGCUGUGAGAUUGAGGGGACACCGUGGGGUCAGGGUGGGGAUUCUAGGAUGUUGUGGCAUGUCCUGGGAAGGGGGAGGUUGCUAACUUGCUGACAUUUCACCAAGAAGAUGAGGAGGAGGUAUCUGAGCCUAGGGAGCAGCCAAGCAGGUUCUGGAGUGAGAACUGGCAAGAGAGGAGUUGGGGGGUAGGAAGGGUGAUAGGUCCUGGGGCAGGGGCCAGAUAGGGAUGAGACUGUGAGAGCAGGGCAGUGAAUUGGAGCUGACAGAGCUAGGAAAGGAAGGCCCUGGAGACAGGGAUGGUCCAGAGUGCUUGCGCGAAUCCUGUGGCUGCUAGGAGUGAGGGAAGGAAGACUAGAGAUGCUCUUUUGCAAGGCAGGGCCAUUAGAUUUCUGAGGAGGGGGAAGAGGAGGGUAGGGAGCUGGUGGUAGGGAUGGUAGUUGGUACAGGGCUCAGGAGGCAGAAGAGGGUAGAGGGAGAGAAUUGCUGGAGGCCAUAAGCAUGGGGUGGAGGUUGCAGCCCAAGGCGUUAGCUGAGGGACAGAAGAAGCCUCAAUUUUCAGAAGAGGGGGGAGUGGAUUGAGAAGUGAAAGAUUGUCACUUGAGAAUCAUCUUGUUAUGAAGGUAGGAUAAAGGAGAAUGGUGACAAACUCUCUGGGAAAUCAGAAAUUGAGAUGGAGUAGCUGAGUGAGGUGGCGUGUGUCUGUGGCUACUCAGGAGGUUGAGGUAGGAGGACUACUUGAGCCCAGGAGUUCAAGGCAUCAGUGAGCUAUGAUGACACCACUGCACUCCAGCCUGAGUGACACAGCAAGACCCUGUCUCGGGAAAAAAAGAAUCUGGGAUGGAGGAUGAGGCCACAACCUUGGCCAAUUCUCCCCCUGUGAUUGUCAACACAGAUACCCUAGAAGCCCCAGGAUAUGAGUUGCAGGUGAACGGGACCGAGGGGGAGAUGGAAUACGAGGAGAUCACAUUGGAAAGGGGUAACUCAGGUCUGGGCUUCAGCAUCGCAGGUGGCACUGACAACCCACACAUCGGUGACGAUCCGUCCAUUUUCAUCACCAAGAUCAUUCCUGGUGGGGCUGCGGCCCAGGAUGGCCGCCUCAGGGUCAACGACAGCAUCCUGUUUGUAAAUGAAGUGGACGUGCGUGAGGUGACCCACUCAGCAGCAGUGGAGGCCCUCAAAGAGGCAGGCUCCAUCGUUCGCCUCUAUGUCAUGCGCCGGAAGCCCCCAGCUGAGAAGGUCAUGGAGAUCAAGCUCAUCAAGGGGCCCAAAGGUCUUGGCUUCAGCAUCGCAGGGGGCGUAGGGAACCAGCACAUCCCAGGAGAUAAUAGCAUCUAUGUAACAAAGAUCAUCGAAGGGGGUGCUGCCCACAAGGAUGGGAGGUUGCAGAUCGGAGACAAGAUCCUGGCGGUCAACAGUGUGGGGUUGGAGGACGUCAUGCAUGAAGAUGCUGUGGCAGCCCUGAAGAACACGUAUGAUGUUGUCUACCUAAAGGUGGCCAAGCCCAGCAAUGCCUACCUGAGUGACAGCUAUGCUCCCCCAGACAUCACAACCUCUUAUUCCCAGCACCUGGACAAUGAGAUCAGUCACAGCAGCUACCUGGGCACCGACUACCCCACAGCCAUGACCCCCACUUCCCCUCGGCGCUACUCCCCAGUGGCCAAAGACUUGCUCGGGGAGGAGGACAUUCCCCGAGAACCGAGGCGAAUCGUGAUCCACCGGGGCUCCACGGGCCUAGGCUUCAAUAUCGUGGGUGGCGAGGACGGCGAAGGCAUCUUCAUCUCCUUUAUUCUGGCCGGGGGCCCUGCAGACCUCAGUGGGGAGCUGCGGAAGGGGGACCAGAUCCUGUCGGUCAAUGGUGUUGACCUCCGAAACGCCAGCCAUGAGCAGGCCGCAAUUGCCCUGAAGAAUGCGGGUCAGACGGUCACGAUCAUCGCUCAGUAUAAACCAGAAGAGUACAGCCGAUUUGAGGCCAAGAUCCACGACCUUCGGGAGCAGCUCAUGAACAGCAGCCUGGGCUCAGGGACGGCCUCCCUGCGGAGCAACCCCAAGAGGGGUUUCUACAUCAGGGCCCUGUUUGAUUACGACAAGACCAAGGACUGCGGCUUCCUCAGCCAGGCCCUGAGCUUCCGCUUUGGGGACGUGCUGCAUGUCAUCGAUGCUAGCGAUGAGGAGUGGUGGCAGGCGCGGCGGGUCCACUCUGACAGUGAGACCGAUGACAUUGGCUUCAUCCCCAGCAAACGGCGGGUUGAGCGACGAGAGUGGUCAAGGUUAAAGGCCAAGGACUGGGGCUCCAGCUCUGGAUCACAGGGUCGAGAAGACUCGGUUCUGAGCUACGAGACAGUGACGCAGAUGGAAGUGCACUAUGCUCGCCCCAUCAUCAUCCUUGGGCCCACCAAGGACCGCGCCAAUGAUGAUCUUCUCUCUGAGUUCCCCGACAAGUUUGGAUCCUGUGUUCCCCAUACGACACGGCCCAAGCGGGAGUAUGAGAUAGAUGGCCGGGAUUACCACUUUGUGUCGUCCCGGGAGAAAAUGGAGAAGGACAUUCAGGCACACAAGUUCAUUGAGGCCGGCCAGUACAACAGCCACCUCUAUGGGACCAGCGUCCAGUCCGUGCGAGAGGUGGCAGAGCAGGGGAAGCACUGCAUCCUCGAUGUCUCGGCCAAUGCCGUGCGGCGGCUGCAGGCGGCCCACCUGCACCCCAUCGCCAUCUUCAUCCGCCCCCGCUCCCUGGAGAAUGUGCUAGAGAUUAAUAAGCGGAUCACAGAGGAGCAAGCCCGUAAAGCCUUCGACAGAGCCACCAAGCUGGAGCAGGAGUUCACAGAGUGCUUCUCAGCCAUCGUGGAGGGUGACAGCUUUGAGGAGAUCUACCACAAGGUGAAGCGCGUCAUCGAGGACCUCUCAGGCCCCUACAUCUGGGUUCCAGCCCGAGAGAGACUCUGAUUCCUGCCCUGGCUUGGCCUGGACUCGCCCUGCCUCCAUCUCCUGGGCCCUUGGUCUGGACUGAAUUGCCCAAGCCCUUGGCUCCCCCCGGCCUCCCUCCCACCCCUUCUUAUUUAUUUCCUUUCUAACUGGAUCCAGCCUAUUGGAGGGGGGACACUCCUCUGCAUGUAUCCCUGCACCCCAGAACUGGGCUCCUGAACGCCAGGAACCUGGGGUCUGGGGGGGAGCUGGGCUCCUGGUUCCAAGCCCUUGCUCCUUAGGACCCCCACCCCUGCCCGCCCCCAAUGCACACACAGACCCACCGGGGGCCACCUGCCCUCCCCCAUCUUCUCCCACACACAUUCCAGAAGUCAGGGCCCCCUCGAGGAGCACCCGCAGCAGGGAUGCAGGGCCACAGGCCUCCGCUCUCUCCCGAGGCAGGGUCUGAGGUCACCCCUGCCCUCAUCGUAAUUCCCAUGUCCCUUGAUUUCUCAUUUAUUUUUUCCACUUUUUUUCUUCUCAAAGGUGAUUUUUGUGGGGAGAAGCAGGGGACUCUGAGGCGGGCCCCCUGCCUUCCACACGCCCCCCACCUUUUUUCUUUGCUGGUUUGCAUGAGUGGAAGGUUUAAAUGUGGCUUUUUUUUUUUUUUUUUUUUUUUCCUGGGAAUUUUUUUUUUUUUUGGGGAAAAGGGAGGGAUGGGUCUAGGGAGUGGGAAAUGAGGGAGGGAGGGUGGGGGGCAGGGGUCAGGGGUCGGGUGUCCGGGAGCCAGAGAAGACUGGAAAUGCUGCCGCCUUCUGCAAUUUAUUUAUUUUUUCUUUUGAGAGAGUGAAAGGAAGAGACAGAUACUUGAAA